AUGGUUAAUCGGAAGUUCCUGUCGGAAGCUUGGACCACCUUCACCGCCUUCGAACGAUUUUUCUUCGGCUUUUCGCUCGUUUUGCUUUUUGAUUCCCACACACUCUCUUACCGUCCGCGAUGUGACGGACGACUUCGUAGUCUUCCACCUCGUAUCCAUUGCAAAUGCAUUCAGUUCGCCCCAGGUGGGCUUCACAGUUGGUCUCUGGGAGACUUUGGUCAAGUCGGCUCUACCUUGUUGUCUUUUGUACUUAGGUUAGUAGGUAGGAUACGUACGUAUAGACUUGCCGGAAGCAAAUUGAUCUUCUUCGAUAUCGUCCAAAAUGGCCACAAAGUCCAAGUUAUGUGCAACCUUCGUCAACUGCCCGGGAUAACCCCGGAAGCCUUUAAGAAGCUUUACCGUUUGCUCCGUCGCGGUGACGCUUUCUCUGUAACAGGUAGACCUCACCGCACCGGACGAGGAGAGCUCACGGUUGUGGCCACUGAAUUGCCCCAGCUUUUGUCUCCCUGUCUCCAUGAUGUCCCUCUGGAUGCGAAAGAGCACGAGAACUCGCCAUACCCCCGUCAUGUCCAGUUCCUCGCAGACCAAACCACGACCGAUAUUAUAAAGGCACGCUCGGCGAUCAUUCAGUAUCUGCGUCAAUUCUUCCUUGAUCGGUCUUUCAUGGAGGUCAACACUCCCAUCGUCAAUUCGAUCGCCGGUGGAGCUAUCGCUCGUCCCUUCUAUACUUCCGCGACCGAAUUUCCCGACCGCCAGCUGUCUCUCAGGAUUGCACCGGAACUGUGGCUGAAGCGCCUGGUGGUUGGUGGUUUUGAUAGGGUUUUCGAGAUUGGACCCUCGUUUCGCAAUGAAGGCAUUGACAAGACCCAUAACCCUGAGUUUACAACAUGUGAAUUCUAUCAUGCUUAUGCCAACCUGGAAGACCUUUUGUCUAUGACGGAGAGUCUACUGUCCGGCAUGGCACAACAUAUCCGCGAUACUAACAAAGACGGUACUCUGAAGCCCACCGAAGUUGACUUCUCAACGCCGUUCCGUCGUAUUGAUUUCCUCACUGGAAUUGAAGAAAAGAUCGGUCGCAAGCUCCCAGAUCUCACGUCUCCGGAUGCCGUGGCCCAAGUGAAACAACUGUUUAAGGACUUAUCACUCGAGAUUCCCGAGGCUCCAACACUCCCCCGACUUUUGGAUGAACUCUGCAGCAUCUAUGUUGAACCCGAAUGUGUAAACCCGACCUUUAUCAUCAACCCUCCCGAAUGUCUAUCGCCCUUGUCCAAAUCAUUUAUUCAUCCAGUCACUGGCCAGCGUGUUGCUGCACGGGGAGAACUAUUCAUCGAAGGAAAGGAGGUGGUGAAUACAUACGAGGAGGAAAACUCGCCGUCUGAACAAAGACGCAAGUUUGAAGACCAAGUACGCUACAGCAAGGACGCAGACGAGUCUUCAGAAAUCGACGAGAGCUACCUGGAGGCGCUGGAAUGGGGCCUUCCCGCUACAGGUGGCUGGGGAUGCGGAAUCGACCGUCUUUGCAUGCUCUUUACCGGCGCAAAGAGGAUUGCAGAUGUUUUACCUUUUGGAACCCUACGUGCCGUAACCCGGCGAUGA